GUGUUACUACACCUGCAUAUAUGACUGUCUGCAGGCUCGCUGUGUGCUCAGUAAGGAGUCUAAUGGUGACAUCAGCGGACCUGGAUGUUAAGCAAUGGGUGACACAUGAUUUUGGAUUUAUCAGUUGUUACAUUUUAUAUACAACAUCUCAUUGUUACGGAUUAUAAAAUCUUGGAAUUUGUGGUUUUUAACCCUGCUGCAAGGACAGCUAAUCGGAUCUCUUCUACAGAGAUCAAGAGCAGGACCUUACUUUCAACUCAUUCCUUAUUGGUCAGGAUGGACCCAGUUACAAAGUGGACCCCAACUCAAGUAGUGGACUGGAUGAAAGGACUUGAAGAAGCUUUGCAGCAAUAUGUAUUCAAUGUGGAACGGGAAAAGAUAAAUGGGGAACAGCUCCUGAAGAUUACCCAUCAAGAUCUGGAGGAGCUUGGAGUCACUCGAAUCGGACAUCAAGAACUGAUUCUUGAAGCUGUUGAUCUACUCUGUGCCUUGAACUAUAGUCUUGAAACUGACAAUAUGAAAAACCUGGUGCUAAAGUUGCGAGCGGCCUCUAACAACCUCCAAAAUUACAUUGGCAACAGGAGGAAAAGUGUAUCCUAUGACGGACAUACAUCCCACAAGCCUCCUAACGAAUUCCUAACGUCAGUCGUGGAUCUUAUUGGUUCUGCUAAAAGUUUAUUGGCUUGGCUGGACAGGACACCAUUUACAGGGAUCACUGAUUUCUCUGCAACAAAGAACAAAAUAAUUCAACUUUGCCUGGAUCUGACAACAACAGUUCAACAGGAAUCAACUGUUGCUGAAAUGGAAGAUAAAGUUAUAAAUGUUGCCAAGGUGCUUAAUGGGAUAUGUGACAAAACUAUCAAAUUUACUUCAGAUGCAUUCACGAGUCAAGGUGCCUGUUUGGAGGAAGUUUACCUAACAAAUAUUAAGCCUGGUGAAGGACUGGGAAUGUAUAUCAAAUCCACAUAUGAUGGGCUACAUGUUGUAACAGGCACCACAGAAAAUUCCCCAGCCGAUUCCUCACGGAAGAUUCAUGCUGGUGAUGAAGUGAUACAAGUUAAUCAUCAGACAGUGGUGGGCUGGCAAUUAAAAAAUCUAGUGGCGAGGCUGAGGGAGAAUUCUGCGGGAGUCACGCUACUUCUGAAAAAGAGGCCUACUGGUACAUUUAAUUUUACACCCGCUCCUCUGAAGAACCUGAGAUGGAAGCCACCACUUGUGCAGACAAGUCCUCCACCAACUACAACACAAUCUCCAGAAAGUACACUGAGUACAUCUUUGAAAAAGGAGAAACCUGCCAUACUGGAUCUCUAUAUCCCACCUCCACCAAAUGUCCCUUACUAUCCACGAGAUGAGAAAGGAAAUUUAGUCUACACUGGGUUUCCUGGUGACUUUCAACCCUUUCCUGGGUCAAAGCGUUCCGAGUCUCCUAACUCUUUCCUGGACCAGGAGAGUCAAAGGCGACGUUUCACUAUUGCUGACUCUGACCAGCUCCCUACUUACCCUUUGGAAGUGAAUGUACACCAUGCAAAACUCCGAGACAAAACUCCAUUGUAUGGUAAGCCACGACCCUUGUCAAUGCCUGCAGAAGCAAGUUGGAUGGUGUCUGCAGAAACCUAUUCAAGGCACAGACUAACGGGAAGAAAAGGGGAUGAGGUCCUGUCCAGGUAUUUCAGUAAUGAACGCAUAGCACCAAUUAUUGAAGAAAGUGUUUCUUCUCGGAAUUAUUUUACCAGAUCCUCAGCUGAUAGACAUUUGGUGAGAGGCACAGACUAUAUAAGGGGAAGCCGCGGUCUUUUAAAUAUGGAUUUACACAAUACCGCCACAAUGCCCUAUCAGGAAGAAGGUGCAAGAAAGCACACUACCCCAUCAUCUACAAAGACCACCAACACAGAACCAUCACUACUAGUCAGCUGGUUUACAAAACUAAAACUUUUGACUCGCUGAUAAUUAACAGACUGUUGCCAUACAGUGCCUUUGUUCCUUAAUGGCAGUAUUAUGUAAGAAGCUGGUUCCUGGAUGUGCAGCUGUUACCUCUUCCUCCUUCAACUUGCCCGACAUGGAGAACACCAAACUUUGCGACUGGCAUAUUUUUUUUACAUUCUGCCAUUUGGUAGUUUUACGUACUAUGCACCAAAUCAUUUGUAAAGCAAUAAAGGAAACCCUAUAUUUGAAAACCAGUGGUAUUCUUGCAAGAGACUAAGAUUAUUUUUUUAUUUUACGCACUGCUUGUUGUCACUUGUCUUACUUUUUUAGUUACGUUUUUAUUCUGUGUAGCCAUUUUUGCAGUUUUCAUACAUAAUCACAGAUUGUUACCUGCAUUGUUUCUACAUGGUUAUUUAAUUAUUGCAGUGCAAGAAACAAAUAAUUUAUUUUCACAUAUCGUCAACUCCGGAUUACGCUUUUUAGCAAAGGGUAAUUUUAUUUAAGGGUCAAUUGUAGAAGUUAUUCUUUUAAGAAGAUAUAACUAAUUAUACGUGUGCUCUACAUAUUAUUUUCCUCAUGCUUAAUAAUCAAACAUUUCAUUGUUUCUCUCUUUGUAAUCUUCUACUGAAGAUUUGUAAUAUUUAAGGAAAAUGUUUAAACUUGCUAGAAUGACCAUUUAUAUGUUUAUAUAUAUCACUUUUUGUGUUGCUGAAUUGUCUGCAAAUGGUUGCCUUUACCACUGAGCACUGUAAAGCCAGUGAGGAAUAAAAAAUUACUGUAUAACUAGUUAUUUGUCAGGUAUAAAAAGCCAUUUGUUGCACUAACAGGGAUUACAAAUAUGUCUUACAGACAUCGAUGCCUUUUAAUUUGCCUUUUGCAUAUAGUGAGGCGCUUAUGCCUCAAUUCAAAAUACCUCUUUUUCUCUCAGUCUAAUCCACUGGUUUUCAAACCUGUCCUCAGAUCUCCCUAACAGGCCACAUUUUGAGGAUAUCUGAACUAGAGCACAGGUGAAAUAAUCAGCUGAUUACUAACCAUGGUUAUUAAAGGGACACUGUACCCACAUUUUUUCUUUUGUGAUUCCGAUAGAGCAUGGAAUUUUAAGCAACUUUAUAAUUUACUCCUUUUAUCAAUUUUUCCUCCUCUUUCUUUAUUUGAAAAAUAAGGCGUCUAAGCUAUUUUUUUGGUUCAGACCCUGGACAGCCCCUUUUUUAUUGGUGGGUGAAUUUAUCCACUAAUCACAAGAACAACCCAGGUUGUUCACCAAAAAUGGGCCGGCAUCUAAACUUACAUUCUUGCUUUUCAAAUAAAGAUACCAAGAGAAUGAUGAAAAUUUGAUAAUAGGAGUAAAUUAGAAAGUUGCUUAAAAUUGCAUGCUCUAUCGGAAUCACGAAAGAAAAAAUGUGGGUUCAGUUUCCCUUUAACCUGCUCUCACUCAAGGUAAUCCUGAAAACCUGGCCUGUUAGGGAGGCAUGAGAACAGGUUUGAAAACCAGUGGUCUAAUAGUAUAUGCUCCACAAAGGUAAAAGCCUUGUUUAUCAACAACAGGAACAGGCAGCAAACUAGACUGACCACCUGGGCCUCAGAAAUGUACAGAAAUAAUGGACAUAAAAUAUAAGUGAUCUUGUAUUGUGUAAACAAUAUUAAUAUAUUAUGCACUGUAAACAAUUUAAGGAGAAGUGUAAGUUGUUUUUUUUUUUUUUAAACAAUAUAUAGACCAAUAUAUUUUUCCAUCAACACCAAUGUGAUAUAAGUAAAAUAAAUUCUGAAUCUGGUCAUGUAAACAUUUGAAUUUUCUAAAGUUAAAAUGCAAUAAAUGAUGUAGAAAUAGUGUUA